AUGAUUUCGUUCGAGGAUUUUCUGCUGCGGCCCUCAAAAGUGGUGGAUCCGUUCAACAGAUUCGUCGCCAAAAUCGACCCGUUUCUCACUUUGGUCGAAUUUUGCCAAGUUGUGGGCCCCCGACCGCUUGCGAUUGUCUCUUCGCGGUCCGAUAAUAAAGGUUUGAAUUGAACACAUUUUUCUCAAUUAUUCUAGCCAUUUUGACUAUAAAAACUGUAAAAAAUUGCUCAAAAUUGUUGCAGUGUCGGGUGUGGACAUGAACGAAAUGUCAAUUUGGUUAAUGUCGUCGGAUACGGUGCCCGGCACGAUGAUUGUUCUCGAAAAUAACCAAACGGGCGUCUACGCGGCCGCCUACUACUUCAAUUUGUACGAUAUGCGCGCGAGGGCUUUUCAGGUACCCCCAAAACAAAAUAUGUUUGUGCGAGUUUAAAAAUGGCAGAAAAAUCACAAUUUUUAAAAACCUUGCAGCGUAACCUGUGCGUAGCGUACUUGAGCUCGGAGAAGCCGUCGAAAGAGAUGCUGGCGCACUUUUCGGCGCAAAUGAAAAAGAUGGUGUCGCCGGUUUUAAUCUGCAAUCGCCGUCUCUUCAUCCGCCACGUCACCGACAUUGUCAAGUUUUCGGACAACGUCGGUACGCGUCGUUUCAGUGCCUUGAUGUGUCAAAAAAGCGUUUUUGCAGACGAAACGGCGUUCAAAGAGUACUACACUUUCGACGGCGACCACCAGAAACUGAUGGAUUCGAGCCGGUUCAAUGUGGUUUUCGAACAGACCCGUCUACUCAAAAGCAAAUUUUUGACAAAGAAAUUCCAAGAAAUGACUUUUGAUGGUGAGAAUUUUUUUAAAAACAAAUUCUAGAAAAAUCAUAAAAUCCCUUUAUUUACUUCUUUGCAGACGACAUCUGCUGCGGACACAACGCGGAAAACAUGUCGGAAGCCGAGGAUAUCAUCUGCUCAUUUCGAGUUCCGUCAAUUCCGCUGAGUCCCGUCGAAACCCUCGCUCCAUGUGUACGAAAAAUCCCCCAGCUCUUUUUCAAACAAGAAUUCCGAUAUUCCAGGCCUAUUCCUCGAUAAUUCCCCAAUUACGUCAACUUUUGGGUCAACUCUCCUCGCGCAGAAACCUUUCUUCUUCUUCUUCUUGCUCGCAGCCUCAACCGGGAGCUCUUUUCUGCGAGCUCCGACCGAUUGCGACGACUUCUACGUCCGCCGCGUCAUCAUCGUUCCCCUCUUCUUCUUCUGAAUUCUCAGAAGACGUGCGAGGAGAAGAGACACUGAAAGCAGUGACCGGACACCUCGGAGACGUCCUUUUCCCCCUUUUGAGUGGGGAAGACGUGAUUGUGUGCGGGGCCGAGCAACGGAGGAGUACGGUAGAGGAUAUGGUGGGCAAGCUGAGCAGAGUGGUGCCACGGGAAAGGGCCGCACGACGGGAACAGCAGCCAGUCGCCAUGGAGACCGAUCCGAAUAGGUACGACAUUUUCACUAGGAAAAGUACAUUUAGAAGGUACACCAACUGGCUAGCAAAAUCUCCGCGUGUACCCUUUUGUACUACAGGACAUCCCCAACACAGCUCCGAAGCCUGAAACAUUUCGAAAAUGUCCAAUCGACUCCGACUCUAUUUCAUUCGAUUGCUCGCUUCUUUUUAAAGCAUUUUCGUGUUGGCAUCAAAAUUUUAAUAUCAUUCCUUCAUGGAGGAGCAUAUUAUCAUCUUUGGGGCCUGUGUCGGAUUCGAAGCGAAAAAGAAAACGUUAUUGAUUGGCACGGAAUGUCAAAAUUUACACGAAUAAUCAGAGCUCUACUUUUGCUUCUCGUUUUCCAUAAAUUCAAAUCUAGAAAGCACACAAUGGACGAUCUAGGCGUUGUCAACGUUUGGGAAAUUUGAUGUUUUUACAGACAUGACAGAAAUUAGAACUACUGAGGACUUACGCGUUUAGUCGGCAUUCGUCCGCGUCUUGUUGCAAAUCCUACAUCAAAAAUCUUAUUUUUCCGUUUUCUGUCGCACUCUUUCUAGAAUCCUGGAAAAAUAAAUAGUUAGAAGGGACUGAGAACAAGUUUGGAAAAGAAAAAAGAAAAUUCCUCUUCUUCUUGUAUUUUCAUGGCCUCUUCACAUUUUCCGGGCGAAGGACGUCCGCCCCGGGCGGGCUCAGGAAACAUCUGUCAUCCGGAGGCGGCGGCUCGGCCGGAAUGAGCUCACGGGGCAAAAAGAAAGAAAGAAAGAAAGAGAGAGAAAGAGGGCGGCUAUCCGUUCACUUUUUUGCUUUUCAUUUGUCUUCUUCAUUCAACUGACUCUUUGUCAAGAUUGUCGGCGAAAAGUGUAAAACUCGUGACCUUACUCAAAAUAUUUGUGAAUCGAUGAAGGGGAAGAAAUGUGAUUUGACCUGAAAUUGGAAAGUUUCAGAAUCGGAAACGGAUUGGCCGGUCUUUUGUGCAAUCGGAAUGAGACGGGCAAAUUGGCCAGAUGGAGACACGUUUUGGAUAUGAAUCGGUAAGAACCAAAGUCUGGUAGAAGUCUAGAGGGGCUUGGACUUUGAGACCACUUCGCAAUUUUAUCAGUCUAGAAUUAAAGUACUCUGAGAGCAAGUUUCAGCAAGAUAUCGGCGUACUUUUCCCAAUUCUGUAUCACAGACUUGCCAGAUUUCGGGCCGGCCAUGCGGGCCGGGCCGGGUCGGUGAAGUGCCGGCCCGGUUCAAAAGGCGGGAAUUCAAAUUUUCGCGGAAAUUUUUUUUUCGUUAUUACAAAAAAAAUUUUCGAACUAAAGUUUUAGUGUUACUUCUUUGUUUUUUUGCUAUUAUGAAUUUUUUUAUGAGAAAUACAUUUGUUUUUUUCAAUGUUCGAUGCUUGCAAAAAAACCCCUAAUUCUACAAAAAAAAUGGCUUCAUGCGAUCAAUAAUUCAAAUUUUUGAAUUCCCGCUUUUUGAACCGGGCCGACUGGGCCGGGCUGGCCGGGCCGGGCCGGAGUUUUGAAAUUUCGGCCCGGCCCGGCCCGGCCCGUGGCAACUAUGCUGUAUCAGACCUUCCAAAUCGGCACCUUUCCAGAUGCGUUCUGAAGACGUUCGCCUACGACGGAACCCUUCUGGCUGGACUAAACAAGAAAAGAAGGUAAAGACUUGCGUUUCAUGCCGAAAUGUCCACCAAUCAUUCAUUGAAACUUUGCAGGUUCCCGUCGGACCGCUCUCUGAUCCUCUUCAUCGUGGCCUACCUGACGAACGUCUGCCAACUCGUCUACCUUUGUCGCUUCCUUUUUCUCCGCUCCGCCCACUCCUCCGAACGCGCGGAACUGUCGAAAUUGAGUGCGGACGACGAGAAAAUCAUUGUAAAUCUGCUGAUGGGCAUCGAUUUCGAAAAGUUCAAUCGGCUCAAACUGAAGGCAAAACAAGAGGGAACGGCGAAACCGAGCAAAACGAUCAAUUUGUAA